AUGAACCCGACCUCGGAUGCCGCCGUGCCAACCCCGACGGGGGCCAUUCGCACAGAUUCCCGAAGGAAGGCCUCGGGGACUAUCGCGAAAAGAGCUACGGCUCAACAGUGCAGUCUGUCGCACCCAUGUAAGGCCUGCGUUUCCAUGGGCUUUGAUUGUACCUUCUUCCAACCACAGAAGAAACGGGGUCCAACCGGACAUCGCGUAUCGCAAAUCCGACAGCAGCAAACCCAUCUGCCGGCCAAAAGCCCGCGGCCUCAAACCGACCCUCAAUCGUUUCCCGCCCCCGCCUUUCCCUAUCCACCGGAGGCGCCGUUGCCGCAGGGAGAACAGCUCGGCGCGGUUCCUCCCAUGCAGGAGGCCGCGCCGUGGCAUAUGUCCGCUGAACCUCAUCAUCUGCCCGUCGACCUUGCGCCGGCCCAUGCCCCUCCUUCCAUUGCCACCGGAUGGGGCGCAGAUGCCUCCUCGGUUGAUUCUCGUAGCAAUAGCGGAAUCAGCUGGAAUGAGAGAAACGAUGUCGAGUAUUGGCUGCCCGAUAAUCUGGAUGGCCAGAUGCCAAUCUUUGAUUUCCCGGGUAGUAAUAUCUACCUCAAGACGUCCCUGCCGUCCAUCAUACAAACCGAAUCGGCGGACCCGGCGCGGAUACCUCAACCCGUCGAAGCUUCGAAUCUCCCCGUGUCGAGCGUUGGGGCCCCUCACGCCGAAUCGAGUGGACUGAAGACCAUAUGGCCCCCUUCCAUUGUCGAAGCAAACAUGAUACCAUGGAUCGACGUCUACUUUGACCGCUUGCAUCCGACCUUGCCCGUCCUAAAUCGAUCGUCCCUAUUCGUCCGAAUGUUGUCGCAGGAGCAUCGGAGGAACCCGCAGUUUGGUUCGAUGUUAUUGUCGCUGUGUGCCUUUUCUUUAACCCAGCCAAUUGAGAUUGAUGAACGCCCCACAUCCCAAUCCCGCGCCGGUCAGGCUAGAUUGAUGAUGAACGAAGCCACCAAGAUGCGGAGCUGCUCUGAUUUUGGGGAGCAUCCGACUAUCGAGGCUGUCCUAACGAGCUUUUUCCUCUUUGGCUGUCUCUUCGGCAGCAACCAGCAUAAUGCGGCGUGGCUCCGCUUACGAGAGGCUCUUGAUCUUGCCGCUACCUUGGGGCUCAACAACCCCGACUCAUAUAGGGAGCUUUCUAGUGAAGAGAAGGGUCAACGUUUGCGAACAUACCUUGUCUUAUCCAUCACAGAGAGAGCCUAUGCACUGCAACGCAGACAUCCUAUAACCUUCUGGGGAAAGCCAGGGUUUAGUAUGCGCUCGGUUCACGAUUUCAUCCACAGCGCAACGCAUAGCCUGGUAUCGGGUAUCAUUGUUCACAAUGAAAAGGACGCCAAAGGCAUGAUGGGGUUGGCCCGUUUGAUGGAAUUAUUUGAUGCGGUUGAUGAGGAUGUUGUUGAUUGCUGGAAUCGACGAUGCAGCAUAAAUGCUGGAUACUGCGACAGGCUUACCGAGGCGAAGGCCUUAGCCAUCCACCAAAACCUCAGUCGUGUCAGUGAAUCGGAGCGAUAUAAGGGGUACGACUGGUUUGAGCGCAGCAAGUCCGCUUCAGGUGGCUCUCGCGGGGCCUAUCCGGCCAUGGGUCUGCGGGAGACCCAGUGCGCCGAUGUCUUUAUCACCAAAAAGUGGCUCCAAAAUCGUGUAUGGGUUCUAUGCUCUGCGCAUGGUCUUUUGAAGCCCACGUCAGAUCACGAAGAACUCUGUUUCACCUCCAUGGAGGCACAUGGAAUAGGCCUUGUCGAAAAACUGUACGAUAUCGCCAUUAGUGCCAUCGGUGUAUCGCCCAACGCUCGGUCCCCCGGAGGAGAUGGAUUCGUUCUCGGUCCCGCCGUUGAGAAUGCGUCUGGCUCUGGAGUAUCGUCUACAAAUCUGACAGGAUCGAUGUCGCAAUCUCCACGUGCCGCCCCGCUAUCACAUUCCCUGGCCGAGGAUUUCUUAUUGCUGCUUGGCAGUCUUCGGGGCGGCAACCACCCAUUCUUGGAAAAGUACAAGACGUUCUUGGGUACUUCGCAUACAGACGACAAAUCAAACGCGAGCUGGACUCCCCAAUAA